AUGUCACAACUGCAAGAGCAAACAAGUCAAGUUUUGCAGAGUAUGGAUGCGCAACUUGAUGGUUCAAACGCCGUUUCAAACGGAGCUGCGGGUGGCGAAUUGAGAGACAAUGAAGCGGGCGGCGAUCAACUAGGGACGGCAGAAGGCGAGGAUGUCGCGUUAGCGUCGUUCGUACCACUGGAUAGGCUGCUGGUAAACGGUAUCACGACCUCGGACUUGAAAAAACUGCGCGAAAGCGGGCUACACACGGCAGAAGCAGUGGCGUAUGCGCCUCGUAAGGCAUUAAUGGAAAUCAAGGGCAUCUCGGAAGCCAAAGCGGACCGGUUACUGAACGAAGCAGCCCGAUUGGUGCCCAUGGGGUUCGUGACAGCGGCUGACUUCCAUCUGCGGCGCUCGGAGAUGAUCUGUCUCACCACGGGCUCCAAAAACCUCGAUACGCUUCUUGGGGGCGGCGUCGAGACCGGAUCGAUUACCGAGCUUUUUGGUGAGUUUCGGACCGGUAAAUCGCAACUAUGUCACACGCUCGCCGUGACGUGCCAGAUCCCACUCGACAUGGGAGGUGGCGAGGGCAAAUGUCUGUAUAUCGAUACCGAGGGCACUUUCCGUCCCAUUCGUCUCGUAUCGAUCGCGCAACGGUUUGGGCUGGACCCGGACGACGCUUUGAACAAUGUGGCGUAUGCGCGUGCCUACAAUGCAGAUCAUCAAUUGCGUUUGUUAGACGCCGCAGCGCAAAUGAUGAGUGAAUCGCGAUUUUCAUUGAUCGUGGUCGAUUCGAUUAUGGCGCUUUACAGAACUGAUUUUUCAGGUCGUGGUGAACUUAGUGCGCGUCAAAUGCAUCUUGCGAAAUUUAUGCGUGCUUUGCAAAGACUUGCGGAUCAAUUCGGAGUCGCUUGUGUGGUCACAAACCAAGUUGUUGCACAGGUUGACGGAGGCAUGGUUUUCAAUCCGGAUCCGAAAAAGCCUAUCGGUGGUAACAUUAUGGCGCACUCGUCGACCACAAGACUUGGGUUUAAGAAGGGUAAAGGUUGUCAAAGAAUAUGUAAAGUCGUGGACUCGCCAUGUUUACCUGAGGCAGAAUGUGUUUUUGCAAUAUACGAAGAUGGAGUGGGUGAUCCACGCGAGGAGGAUGAAUAG